UGAAGUGAAGCUCGCCGUCAACAUGUCCUCCUUCUCCUUCACGGUGUGAACGUUUCUCAGUCUGACAUGUUUAUGAGUGCUUAAUAAAACCGUUAGAAUGUCGACGGCGGACAUGUCCGCCGUGCUGGGCAUUCUCCGCUCACUGUACCGACACAUACAGACGCUGGAGGAGUUCGCGGACAGCGUCGUGUUCAGAGAGGGACAGCGGGCUGUACUGCUCCAACAGUCGGACACAAACCGCUUCAAAUCGUUUGUACGAGCUGUUUUCGUCUGCUUCGACAGGGAACUACAGCAAAUACCGAGCUGCAGUCAGAUCUGCACUCUACCUGAGCUUCUGGCCUUUGUUCUUAACAAUCUCAAAAGGAAACGAAAAAGAAACGUCUUGGCACAUGGCUACAAUUUUAUGUCCUUGGCUCAGGAAGAGCGGGAUGCAGACCACUUCAAGUUCCAAGGAGAUAUAACUCAAAGUGCUGCUUACAUCCAUGGCAGCGAUUUGUGGAAGAAAGUCACAGCACGCCUUGGCACAGACAUCACACGGUACCUGUUGGAGAGCUGCUCUGUGUUUGUGGCAGUCCCUCCAUCAUGUGUUUUUCAGGUUAGCGGUGUUCCCGUGUAUGACAGGGUGUCCGUGGCUAAUGCCUCCACCGGGUUUUAUCUCCAUCCUCGCAGUAGGGCACAUGACAGUACUCGAUUUGGAAGGUAUCAACGGUCAAUGACCUUGAGAACAAUGCACGUAGUUCAGAAUCCUAAAGUCAGUAAGAGGAGGAAUAGAAUGAGUGAACAUUUGAAAAGAAGAAAAAGAAAGAGAGAAACUGAUCAAAAUGUAGAGGAGAAGGGUCAGUCUUGUAAAGGAAAGAGAAGACGGGUCGGACGGCAAGAACCCACACAGGACAUCAAACAGGUUUGCUCUGAGACAGUGGAGGGAGGGCCCUCUAUGGCAGUGGAACAAACACAGACUGUGAAGCCUGCGGAGCAAACACAGUCUGUGAAGCCUGUGGAAAAUGGUACUGGUUCCAAACAGGUUGCUGCAAUGCAAACAACAACACUUCCCUCGGAGGGAGGCCCCAGUUGGAGAUCAGGUAUUUUCCCCCCUAUACCUCCUUCACAGUGUUUCAUUCGCACUUUGGGAUUCAUGUACAGUGGAAGGGGAAUGCGUUGCUUCCUACUCAACAGGAAAAAGAAGAGUGUUGUUGGACCCAAGAGGCUACAAGGGCAAGAUUUAGUAAGAAUUGUCUUCUUUGAGGGAAUGGCUUAUCUAAAUGGGCGCGAAAGGAAGCCAAAGAAACUCCCAAGACGCUUUUUCAAAAUGGUCCCCCUCUUCCGUCAGCUGUUAUGUCAACACAGGAGAUGUCCUUACAGCAGAAUACUGCAGAGCAUGUGUCCACUGGUGGAGGGGAGCGAUCCAGGACAGGGAGAGUUGAUCUCCCUCUUGCAUCAACACUGUGCACCUCACCGUGUCUACCUUUUUGUCAGGGAAUGCCUCUCUGCUGUGAUUCCACAUGAGCUGUGGGGCUCCGACCACAACCGUGUGAUUUUCUUUGCGAGGGUCAGGGUCUUCCUGUGCAGUGGCAAGUCCGAGAAGCUCUCGCUGGCUGAACUGCUGUGGAAGAUGAAGGUGAAUGACUGUGACUGGUUGAAGAUCAGUAAGACAGGCAGGUUCCCACCCAGUGAGCUCUCAUACCGGACCCAGAUCCUGGGUCAGUUCCUGGCUUGGCUAGUGGAUGGCUACAUUGUAAGCCUUGUCCGAGCCUGCUUCUAUGUCACUGAGUGUGUGGGUCAGAAGAAUGCCCUGAGGUUCUACAGACAUGAAAUUUGGGCUAAACUGCAGGAUUUGGCCUUCAGAGGUCACCUUUCCAAGGGUCAGAUGGAGGAGUUGACUCCCACACAAGUGGCAUCCCUUCCCAAAACCACUGUCAUCUCCCGCCUGCGCUUCAUUCCCAAGUCUGAUGGCAUGAGACCUAUCACAAGAGUCAUAGGAGCAGAUCCCAAAACAAGGCUUUACCAAGGGCGUGUUCGGGACUUGCUGGAUAUGCUGCGGGCCUGUGUGCGUUCCACUCCUUCUCUCCUGGGCUCCACUGUGUGGGGCAUGACAGAUAUCCACAAUGUCUUGCGCUCUUUGGCUCCAGCCCAAAAGGACAAGCCAAGCCCUCUCUACUUUGUUAAGGUGGAUGUAAGUGGAGCCUAUGAGAGUCUGCCUCAUGACAAACUCAUUGAAGUGGUUGGUCAGGCCCUGUCACCCGUCCAGGAAGAACUCUUUACCAUCCGCCGCUUUGCCAAGAUCUGGUCUGAUUCCCAUGAAGGCCUGAAAAGGGCCUUUGUUAGACAGGCAGAUUUCCUGGAGGACAACAUGGGAUCCACCAACAUGAAGGGGUUUGUGAUGUCACUGCAGAAAAAAGGCAAAGUUCACCAUGCCAUACUGGUAGAGCAGCAUUUCUGUUCAGACCUUCACGGGAAAGAUGCUUCACAGUUUUUCACUCAGAUACUAACUGGCAGUAUUGUUCAGUUUGGAAAAAAAAUGUACCGUCAGUGCAGAGGAAUUCCCCAGGGAUCAGUCGUGUCCAGUCUGCUCUGCUGUCUCUGUUAUGGUCACAUGGAGAAUGUGCUGUUCAAAGAUAUCAUUCAAAACAAAAGGUGUCUGAUGAGACUGGUGGAUGACUUCCUUCUGAUCACCCCAGACCUACAAGAAGCACAAAACUUCCUUGAGGUCUUACUGGCUGGGGUACCACAGUAUGGCUUGGUGGUAAACCCACAGAAGGUAGUGCUCAACUUCCAAAUGUCGGGAAAUGUGAGUUCCUGUCCAAACAUUCACGUUCUGCCCCUCCACUGCCUUUUCCCCUGGUGUGGACUACUCCUUGACACACACACGCUGGAUGUCUACAAAGACUAUUCCAGCUAUGCAGGUCUGUCUCUGCGCUACAGCCUCACUUUGGGCUCUUUCCACUCAGCUGGACAGCAAAUGAAAAGGAAAAUGAUGGCCGUCCUCAGACUCAAAUGCCACACCCUCUUCUUGGACUUAAAGACCAAUUGCAUUGAGGCAGUCUACAAGAACAUCUACAAGCUGGUGUUGCUCCAAGCACGCAGGUUCCAUGUCUGUGCCCAGAGUUUGCCCUUUGCUCAGACAGUUGCUAAGAACCCUGACUACUUCCUGCAGAUGAUAUGGGACAUGGCAGAGUACGCCAAUCAUCUUAUCAGACUCUGCAACAAAGGAUUGAUUUUAGGCAGCAAAGCUCAGACGGGCAUUGUGCAAUAUGAAGCAGUGGAGCUUAUUUUCUGUCUUUCCUUCUUGCUUGUGCUGGCGCCGCACCGUCCCCUGUAUAAGGAUCUGCUCCCACAUUUGCACAAACGGAAGCGCAGUCUGGAGCGGCGUCUGGGGGAUCUGAGGUUGGCCAGAGUCCGACAGGCCACUAACCCAAAGACUCCGGUGGAUUUCUUGGCCAUCCAGAUGUAGACUACCAGCAUGCCACAUUUAUAGCACCCAGCAACCUUGAAACCCUCGGCAAAGGUAUGAUGCCCAGCUUCACUGACAUGUUCAAUCUAGGUUUUAUCUUAAAAUCUCCAAAUUCAAGAUAUUCAAACUCAAAAUCAAAAUAUAGUUGUUGUUUUUUUCUCUUUAGGUUUCAUUGUCUCAUACUCGAAUGAGCAGUGUGUUGAAAUCAGUCGAUGGGAUUUUCCAAUCUGUUAGUUUACCAAAACAAUUUUCAUGUCCAUCACAGAGUCUGUAAAAAGAGAGAAAAUAGCCUCUCGGUCUACUUACAUCAUAAAUAAGGCACUCCAGUACUGAAGCCAACACAGUCCAUAAAACAAUAAUCUAUAACAGUAAAGAUGAAUAAGUUUAUAUCCCCAAUUUACAGAACUGAACCAGGUCACAGCCCUGAGCUGUUACUCUGUCUGGACUUUGAUUUACACUUCCUGAUAGUUUUCCAUUAAGGACCCAUGAUAUCAAUCUGCUCACAGAAAUACUGUCAAUAAUUACAGUGAGUGAGUUAAAUGUUGUACACAGUGAUGACGUUCAAUACAUUACUGAUUUGUGAAGUUAAUAUUAAUAUGUUUGAACUUGAAAGCAAAGAAAAGCGUGUGUCUCAGUGUGGUGUUACACUGUCCAAUAAAUCCAUCUUUGAGGAAA